CUCAAUUGUAGCACUAAAAACAGCCCAAUAAAAUUAAUGUUCCGAAAAUUUACAGACGAACCCCUCACGCUUGCAAGCAAGCGUAUCGUUAGCGCCGUUUGACAUCGCUUUCGCUUUUGCUGUUCCCAAGAGCUGCUUCUGCUCUCUCAUCCUGCUCGUCUUUUCUCUUUUUAUUAUUAGUUAAUUAAUUAAUAAUUAAACACCAGAGCCCUAGACCCCCAAAUCCUCUCAUUUUCUCCGGCGACAGAUUGCCGUCUAGACUCCGGCGGCUAUGGCCGAUCACCGAUCGAAGACCGAAAUCUCUUUUGCUGGGAGAUUCGCCAGCAGCGCCAUCGCCGCUUGCUUCGCCGAGAUUUGCACCAUUCCUUUGGACACUGCAAAAGUCAGGCUUCAGCUUCAAAAGAAAGCGGUUUCAGGAGAUGUAGCGACUUUACCAAAAUACAGAGGCAUGUUAGGCACUGUAUCUACAAUUGCUAGAGAAGAAGGCAUGGCAGCACUUUGGAAAGGUAUUGUGCCAGGAUUACAUCGUCAAUGUGUAUUUGGAGGCCUACGGAUCGGACUGUAUGAGCCGGUUAAAUCCUUGUAUGUUGGUGAGAAUUUCGUUGGAGAUAUUCCUCUAACCAAGAAAAUACUUGCUGGCCUUACAACUGGUGCUAUAGCAAUAACAAUCGCUAAUCCAACCGAUUUGGUGAAAGUACGACUUCAAGCUGAAGGUAAGCUUCCAGCGGGUGUACCAAGACGUUAUUCAGGAGCUCUGAAUGCAUACUCGACUAUAGUCAGACAGGAAGGAGUGGGUGCUCUGUGGACUGGGCUUGGUCCUAAUGUUGCACGUAAUGCUAUAAUAAAUGCUGCAGAAUUGGCAAGUUAUGACCAAGUGAAACAGACCAUAUUGAAAAUUCCCGGCUUCUCUGACAAUGUCUUUACCCAUCUUUUAUCUGGUCUUGGGGCUGGCUUCGUUGCAGUCUGUAUUGGUUCCCCUGUUGAUGUGGUUAAGUCCAGAAUGAUGGGAGAUUCAGCCUACAAAGGCACACUUGAUUGCUUCGUCAAGACUCUAAAAAAUGAUGGUCCGCUUGCUUUCUACAAGGGUUUCAUUCCAAAUUUUGGUCGUCUAGGUUCAUGGAACGUAAUUAUGUUUUUGACUUUGGAACAGGUCAAAAAACUGUUUGCAAAAGAAGUGCGAGUGUAACACGUGACUUUGUUGUUAAUGAUGUUAUUUGCUUUUUUAGUUCAAUAACACUUCUACAGGUCAAUUCUACCAGUCAAGAUCAAUUUGCAAUAAACAGUCAUUUCCUCGAGUAGGAGAUAUUAGCUGGAUCAUUCAAUAUUUUCCGGUUGAGGAGCGCAGGCAAAUUUUCGCUUUUUUCAUCUUGUUGGAAUAAAGAAGAGGCUCAUUGAACAAACAGCCUCCAAAUGUAUAACUACACUAAUGUCCGCCAAGUCUUCUAAAUUUUGGGGCAUAUCUGUACUAGUAUAACCUAAUCGAUUCUUGGUUCCUGUACUGGGACGACUGCUUAAAGGCAAUCAUCCCUUGUUUAAUUUUACUACUGUACAAUAAAGAGUUGCUAGGAACCAAUUUUGCUGCUAACAGGAUAUAUUGUCCAUUUCGUUUCAUGUUAUAUUAAGUGGUAAUUGUAA